AUGACCGAAUAUCCUCGAAUUUUCACACCUAUAGCAAGGAAUUGGGAAAUAUAUGCAGGCAAUGAAGGAAUUUUCGGCAAAUUGAGUUUGGAGUCUGAAAAUUACUACAAGAGCUUGUUGCAAGUGCUUACACCAAUAGCAGCAGCAAGAUUCGCCCUUGAGGCAAUACAAAUACAAAACGGUAUAUUGACUAAAGAAAUAGAGAGUUGGAAAGGUACCUCCAUCAUUCCAGUAUGUACAGCUGAGACCAUCAGAGGCUGUAUGGGCAGAAAGAAGGCAGAUGCAGCCAUUAGCAACUUUGGGUUCUCGUUUCUAAUUGCUCUUGAUAAGCACUGUACAUGA